UUAACAGAUCUUGUUCACGCUAGAGCUCGAAGAAGAUUUCAACGUGGUUUAAAACGUAAACCGAUGGGACUAAUUAAGAAAUUACGUAAAGCUAAAAAGGAAGCACCACCAUCCGAAAAACCUGCCGUGGUUAAAACUCAUUUACGUGAUAUGAUUAUUGUACCCGAAAUGAUUGGUUCAGUUAUUGGUGUUUAUAAUGGUAAAACUUUUAAUCAAAUUGAAGUUAAG